CUCUGUCUCUCUCUCUCUUUCUCGGUCUGUCAAGCACUCUUGAAACUCCGCGGCGAAUCUUCCGGGCUCCCACUUCCCGAAAAAUCCUGGAAAAUUCAAUUCCUUUCUAGUCCAGGAGAAAUAAAAUCUUGAACAACGAGGAAAAAGUAGAAAAGUACAUGGAUUAUUCAUAGACACAUAAAUGAUCAGGCUUCUAUAGUUUGCUUUGCUGCUGAACUCGCUCGCUGAGGAAGCCAGCAUAAUUUCAAUGGAUGAGGAUAUGUCUACUGCUGAAUCAAUUCAACGAAGACAUGGUCUCCUAAAAGAUCAAGUUCGAUUGGUUAAGAGAAAAGAUUCUAACAGUUAUGAGAUAGUCCCCAUCCAAGACACUCUGUCAUUUGAGAAGGGUUUCUUUGUUGUAAUCCGCGCAUGCCAGUUGUUAGCCCAAAAGAAUGAUAGACUGAUAUUGGUAGGGUUAGCUGGUCCUUCUGGUGCUGGGAAGAGUGUAUUUACUGAAAAGAUACUUAACUUUAUGCCCAGCAUAGCUGUCAUAUCAAUGGACAACUACAAUGAUUCUAGUCGAAUUAUCGAUGGAAACUUUGAUGACCCACGCUUGACGGAUUAUGACACUUUGCUCACGAAUAUCCACGAUCUGAAGGCAGGGAAGCAGGUUGAGGUUCCGAUAUAUGAUUUCAAGUCUAGUUCCCGUACUGGAUACAGGACAGUUGAAGUCCCAAGCUCCCGUAUAGUGAUUAUUGAGGGCAUCUAUGCUCUGAGUGAAAAAUUGAGGCCUUUACUUGAUCUUCGAGUAUCUGUUAGAGGUGGAGUUCACUUUGAUCUUGUAAAACGGGUUUUACGGGACAUACAACGUGCUGGGCAAGAACCAGAAGAAAUAAUCCACCAGAUAUCUGAAACGGUAUAUCCAAUGUACAAAGCUUUUAUCGAGCCUGAUCUUCAGACAGCACAUAUAAAAAUCAUCAACAAAUUUAAUCCCUUCACUGGAUUUCAAUCUCCUACGUAUAUUUUAAAGUCUGCGAGGAAUCUGACUGUGGAUCAAAUCAAGUCUGUCAUGUUUGCAGAACACUUAGAAACCAUGGAACAAACGUAUGAUAUCUAUCUGUUACCACCAGGUGAAGAUCCGGAAUCAUGCCAGUCAUACCUGAGGAUGCGGAAUAAAGACGGAAAAUACAAUCUCAUGUUUGAGGAAUGGGUUACAGAUUCUCCUUUUGUCAUAUCACCAAGAAUAACUUUUGAAGUCAGUGUGCGCCUUCUUGGUGGGCUGAUGGCUUUGGGCUACACUGUAGCAGCUAUUCUGAAAAGAAGUAGCCAUGUAUUCAGCGACGAAAGGGUCUGCGUGAAAAUUGACUGGCUUGAACAAUUGAAGCGACAUUAUGUUCAGGUACAAGGAAGAGAUCGCCUAGUUGUACAAGGUGUUGCAGAGCAGCUGGGAUUGGAAGGUUCAUACAUUCCUCGUACGUACAUACAACAAAUACAGCUGGAAAAGCUUGUAAAUGAGGUUAUGGCACUGCCAGAUGAUUUAAAGACAAAGCUAAGCAUAGAUGAGGAUCUGGUGUCAAGUCCCAAAGAAGCACUUUCUCGAGCCUCUGCAGAGAGGGUGGCAAUAAUAAAUAAGAAUCUUAGAAGGGACAAAAAUAUGCCCAAGCAUUCUGGAUACGCUGCCAACAACCGAAGGAUUGAUAACAGGAGUAUAGAUUCAGCCCCAACACUAGCAAACCAGGGAACCAUUACCCAGCUCUCGGAUCAAAUUUCCUCACUAAACGAUCGAAUGGAUGAGUUUACAUCUGGGAUCGAGGAGUUAAAUGCCAAGUUAUCCAGCAAUAGAGUUUCUGCUAGCCAACAAAACAUGGCUAUGCAGGCUGAAGUCUGCAAUGGAUCUGCUCCCACUUCUUACUUCAUCUCUGGUUUAGGCAACGGUUCUUUGACCGGAUCCAUAAUGCCAAAUUCCUCAUCUUCCUCCCAGCUAGCAAAGGAGUCACCCUUGCAGGAAGAGAUAUCUGGCAUUGCACGAGGCCAGCGUCAAGUCCUGCAUCAGUUAGACAAUCUUAGCAGUCUUUUGCGUGAUAGCUUAGGAGAAAAAUCUCGAGAAGCGAGAACAAUCAAGAAAAGCAAAAUGGCUGAUGUUGAUCCUGUUAGAAAGACACUGAUUCUAACAUUGGCUGUUGGUGGUCUUGGAAUCUUCUUGUUUAAGGGUUUUCUAUCCCGAAAUUGACUCCUCCCCCUAAUAUUUGUUCACAUUUUGAUAUUACAUUUAGAUCUUUACAAAUUGGGUGUUUUACCUACAUAGUUUUUCUUAUUGGAUACCACAAGUUCAUUGCGAUACUACCCUUCUGAUCUGGAAAGACUGUUCACUGAUCUGGAAAGACUGUUCAUGGAUCGCAACGAUCUGUGGUCAGAGAUACUUGAGGCAAAUCAAUUCUUCCAUUCUUCCCAUUGAGCUCUGAAAAAGAAGGCUAGGCUUAAACAAUUUUGCUAACUUUUUUGGGGGUUCUUGUGGUCCUGUGGACAGUGGUUCCAUUUGAGCAUUUUUGUUGUUUCAAUCAAUACUGAAACAGGAGAGUUACUAAGUUGAUUAUACUAUACCACUGUGUUGUGACUCUUUUUUUCAAAUGAAC